ACAGGGAGAUUGCGCAAGCUGGAGUGCUAAUUGUGUCUGAACAGUGGAGCUCGUGUUCUGUUGUGUUCAGAGUUCAGAUCGGGAUCAGUCUGGGAGAGCUCGAGAGCUCGAUCUGCCUGGAGUCGAUGAUUAAAUGGAGCUGAUGGAGAGUCCUCUAAACCGCGCCCAUCAGUGCGGCCGCAAUGCAAACCGCUUGGUGGCGCAGGGGUAUUACGAGGAGGCGAUUUCAUGCCAUGGUGAAGCGGCAGAUCUCCUGAAAGAAGCCUUACUGUUGACACACAAUGAACAGGUCAAGCUCUCUCUCGAGCUUCAAAGAGCCAGACAUGUUCAGCAGCAGCGUCUGAUCAAGGACACGUGGAAACGGGUCAAGAUCGCAAGAAAACCCUCUAUCAGCUCCACCAAGGAGACAUCAAUACCACCAGCCCCGUCGAAUGCAGCCUCCAAACUAACAUCAAGCCAGUCAGCACCACAGUGCAUCUCCCAAGCACCUCUACGAUGGUCUAAAGCAGCUAAAGAUGACAGAACUCGGCUGGAGGAGCAGAGCACAGCCAUCGCUGACCUCAGAAAGGUCGUGGCCGUCCUGCUGCUGGAGAAUGAGAAGUUAUUGGAGGAAAAUGAGAGCCUGAAGGUGGAGAACGCUCGACUGAAGAGAGAUCCCUAUGCGGACCAGCAGAGUCCCCACCUAACCCCCUUGCUGAACCCUGCUGAGGCCAGUCAGGGGCCACCGCCGCUGGACCUGCCACUUUUACAUCUGCCCCCUGACCUGCAGGAGGAAAUACGGCUGCUGUGGGAGAGGGAGUCUGAGGUUUAAAAUUUAAGCAUGAUGUGUGAACAGUUUGAAGCGGAAACUUUAUGUACACUUAUUGUUAAAGAAAAAGUUGCACCCAGAAAGGAAGUAUCGGAUUGAAAUACUAUUCAUAGGAAAAAUAAAAGGUUAUCAAGAACUUA